AUGCUGGUACACCCAGUCCAAGCUGAGAAGCCUUAUCCGACUCAGCUAGUAUUUGCCCGGCGCAUCAACCCGCAAAAGAUGAGUCGACGCUUUCAUUGUAGCACAACUCCAGGUCGUGGAAAGCUAUACAAUGAGCUCAAAACACUCGGAAUAAAUAUCAUCAAUACCUCUUCGCGAGAAAAUACCACGCGGGAUGCUCAGAACCUUCAACUUCGAAGAGUGAUUUUAACUAGAAGAGCGCAUAAAAACUCUCAGACGACAACUUUACCUUCGCCUGGUUCUAUCGGCCCACUCAGCACGCCAAUCGGACCUGUCCAGGAUCAGAUGUUGGGAUGUAACACACCUAAGAAAAUGAUCGCAACUUAUGAUUUCCGCACUCAACAGGGAGGAAGAAAACGACGAGAUUCAAUUGAAUCACCCACAAUCCUUCUGACCGAACCUAUCACGGACGCUAAACGUCGUAGAUCUGCUCAGCCUCACGCUCAAUCCCGACGUUAUUCAGAAAGAUUAGCACACAAACGUCAUAGUCAUCUGGCUCAUUCUGAAGUUCCUUUACGCAAAUCACUUCUUUCUUCAAAUAUCAAGAAACAUGUUUCAUUUGAGUCUAGACUUUUGCAAGAUUGA